AUGACGUCCUCACUCAACUCUUGCCCGACCGAACUCUGGGAGCAGAUUCUGUCCACCCUGUGGCACUCACCACUGUCUUUUGCGGAGAGGAAGCAAUUCAUCCUCGCCUCGACGUUAGUGUGCAAGAGAUGGAGCGCCGUGUAUGAUCUGGUUGCAGCUCGCGAUGUCUAUAUCGUAUCCCCCACCCCGUGCGACGAGUUCCGGCAGCGCGUCCGGGCAGAAGCCACGGCAUCGACCCGUGCUGCUAUAGCCCGAAUCGGCGCUGCACCCACCCAUCAGGGCCAGUCGUUCGUGCAACGAUUGCUCCAGCGCAUCUGGCCCCACAGAUCGGCAGCCGAAUCCACCCAGGCGCCGACGAACAACUUCCGAUGCCGCUCUAUAACCAUUUCGCUCACCAACUGCCCUUCUACGGGCCGCCUCUCUCUGGGCUCCUGCCUCGACGAGCUGCUCGAAACCCUGGACGUGUUCUCCGAAACCCUGCCCAAUCUCCGAAGACUCAAUAUCGAAUACACAGACGCGUCGCCCGAUGAUCUCUUCACGCGGCGCACCUUCGCGGGCCUCCCACCCCAGCUGACGCAUCUCCACAUCCGAUUUACGGAGACCGCGUCUUCCGCUCCAGCCGCGGAAAACACUGAGCAUCCCGCGCGAGACCCGCCGCGUCCCAAGUGGUACUCGGAGACCCCCGUGAUCGUGUCGAUCUUUGGGGUCAACGAAAAUGUGGUGAAGAGGAUGAGUGAGGCCGUCCCCUGCGGCAGCGUUAUCGCAGCAAAAGACUGA